AUUUAUUUUGACGCUAACACCCCUAGAUACACUAGGGUUUCGCUAAAAUUUCCCACACUUCGAGAAGAACAUCGAAAACCCGCCCGACGACGACGACGCACGCGCAACCUCACCCAACGCCGACAACCCCCUCACAACACAUCAAUCAACAUGGCCGACGCAGCAAGAGGCGGAGCAGCAGCUCGUGGCGGUGGUUUCGGAUCCCGCGGUGACCGUGGAGGAGACCGUGGACGUGGUGGUGACCGCGGACGCGGACGCCGUGGUGCCCGCCGUGGUGCCAACAAGAACGAGGAGAAGGAGUGGCAGCCAGUUACCAAGCUGGGCCGUCUCGUCAAGGCCGGCAAGAUCAAGUCCAUGGAGGAGAUCUACCUGCACUCCCUCCCCAUCAAGGAGUACCAAAUCGUGGACUUCUUCCUCCCCAAGCUCAAGGAUGAGGUCAUGAAGAUCAAGCCCGUCCAGAAGCAGACCCGUGCCGGACAGCGUACCCGCUUCAAGGCCAUCGUCAUCAUUGGUGACUCCGAGGGUCACGUCGGACUCGGCAUCAAGACCUCCAAGGAAGUCGCAACCGCCAUCCGCGCCGCCAUCAUCAUCGCCAAGCUGUCCGUUAUCCCAGUCCGCCGCGGAUACUGGGGCUCCAACCUGGGUGCUCCCCACUCCCUCCCAACCAAGGAGUCCGGCAAGUGCGGUUCCGUCUCCGUCAGACUCAUCCCCGCGCCCCGCGGUACCGGUCUCGUCGCCUCCCCCGCCGUCAAGCGUCUCCUACAACUUGCUGGUGUUGAGGAUAUCUACACCUCGUCCGCUGGCUCCACCAAGACCCUCGAGAACACCCUCAAGGCUACCUUCGUUGCUGUUGGCAACACCUACGGUUACCUGACCCCGGAUCUGUGGAAGGAGACUGCGCUUGUCCGCUCUCCUCUUGAUGAGUUCGGAGAUGUUCUGCGCGAGGGAAAGAGAUACUAGAUGUCUGCAUUGGAGCGGUGAUGCUUUGAACGGUUUUCAUCUUUGAUGGGCACCUUGCAUUCGGUGCGCUUAUACUAUAGCUGUGCCUAAAAUGAACAUUCUGCCAAAAAAC